UAGUGAGAGAGCGCAGAAGGAGUGUGUAUGUAGUGUGAGGGAAGAGGAGCGGAGAGGAAAGCAGUGUCGGCAGAGUCGAUGUUGCCAGAUCGAGAGAGACAAUCAGGGCAGAGGACAGAAGCAACGUUAGAGAAGAGAGAAAAGGAGAGGAGAGGCAGCGUAGAGCCCGGCAGUGCUGCGUUGUGGAUGUAAACUUUAUCAUCUGCGAGAUCACUGGGUAGCAGCUGCAGAGCAGGAGGAAAACGUGCUGGUGGAUUACCAUGCGUGUCCUCUGAAUGCACCAGGAUGCUGCAUCUCCAUCAGGGGAAAAGCUGGCUGUGGCUCGUCUGCAGAGGGAAGUCGCACGGAGCAAGAGCGAAGGAACAAUGCGAGAAAAGCUGAUCCACGAACUAGAGGAAGAGCGACGCCUGCGACUGGAGAGUGAGAAGCGUCUCCGGGAAGUGACAGAGGAGUCAGAGCUGGGACGAGCGCAGAUGGUUUCACUUCAGCAGCAAUUUUCCAGGAUGGAAGAGACGGUGCGGUCGCUGCUGCAGAAUCAGGGUGUCCUGGAGCAGACUGCUGUGGACACAGUGGACAUCAUGAAGGCCUAUAAGGACAAACUGUCCGAGGAAGUGCAGAAACAGUGUGAUGGCCCAGAGGAGAAUGGCUCCCAGGCGGGAACCGAGGCAGACCCGAAGCUGAUGCAAGAUGCUGAGAACAAUACCGGCCUAGCAGAAGACGACAAAGACAAAACCGGACUCCUGGGCCGUCUGAAGACUCUAGAGGAGGAGAACUCUGCAUUGGCCUUGGAGAAUGAGAGCCAGAGGGAGCAGUAUGAACGAUGUUUAGAUGAGGUUGCCAAUCAAGUUGUGCAGGCACUUCUCACCCAGAAGGAUCUGAGAGAGGAGUGUCUGAAGCUUCGAACAAGAGUUUUUGACCUGGAGCAGCAGAAUCGAGCGCUGAGCAUUUUGUUCCAGCAGAGGAUCAAACCUGCUUCAGACUUACUGCUACAGAAACUCCACUCUCGGAUAAUGGAUCUGUCUGCGGCAGAUUUGCUCCUAGAGCCAGAGAGAAGCAAGGCUUUCCUUCUUUCCAGGAAUACAGACUCUCCUUCCAAUGAGAUUCAGCUGAAUGGAAAGGCAAGUCUCCCCGUGGCCAAGUGUCUGAGCCAGCUGAGUCUGACAGUACCUGCUCCCCUCUACCCACGCAGCAGCUGCAGCAGUAGUGAAUUAUCCCUGUCAAGCGCUUGUAGUGAAUUCUCUAGCGGCUCCUACACCUGGAAUGAUGGCCGCUCCUGUGGGAAAAUGUCAUCUUUGACAUGGGAGAAGAGGCUGAGUUUGGGCUCAUCAGCCCCGAGUAAUAUCUGUGCCCCUCCAGAGGAGCAGCCGCCCACAAGGCGCAAGGAGAGUCACAUACUGGAGGGACUAAGAAAGCUCCAGAGGAGGAGACACAGGAGCUCCUCCUGUUCAUCCAAGGUCUCCAAAUCUGGUUACAAAGACUGUAUGAACUCCAACGAGGGCAUCUACUCGCUGGGAAUCAAGAGCAGCAGUAAGGGAGUGACCAAGCCAACUCAUGUUGGCAGAGCUUUAGCUGCUCGGGGCAAGCAAUUCUCCUAUGAUUCUGACGAUGCUGAUGAUGAAUUAGCACAUUCCGGUUGCAGAGAUAACAUCCCCACCAAGGACAGCUGGUUUCAUUGUAAGAAGCUCUCCCAUAGCAUCUCAGACAGUUUAUGUAGCUGGGAGGGGACACAGGAAAGUGGAGCUGCAGAAGAUGAUACCUCAGGUCCUAUGGAGGCAAAACCCUGCCCUGGCUAUGACUCAAAAGAGCGUCCAGAGAAGCUUAUGAGUUUUAUUAACAGUUUUCUCCCAGAAGGACGGAAAUCAGCUUUUACUAAACCAUCCCGGCUGCAAUUCAAUCCUCCAGACUCAGAGGGUCCUAAUCGCAUCUCUGACGUGGAUGAUCCACGGGAACGUAAUUCAGAGUCCAGUGAUGUCCGGACAUCCUGUAGCCAGACAUCAGAGCAAGUAGAGAGGGACUUCAAGAGGCUGUCAAGAGAUGCUGCCAAGAUCCUCAAACAGCAAUACUUAAGAAGAGAGCAGGGACGCACGCAGUCUGCAGAUGGGAGGCCCAGGCCUUUCAGCCUAAUGAAGGAGCCCAAAGGAGGAAAAUGCACCCAAUCUGAGGAGAGCAUAUUGGCAAUAUUUGAUGCUGAAGGAGAGCCUAUUGAGCUCUGUGCUGAAAGGCUUGAAGCAGGUACAGGUGGCAUGCAAAGUAGGAAAAUUGUUGCUAAUUACACAGAGCUAGUACCCCAACAAAGACCAACCAGGCAAAUGUCGGCAGUUUCAAGAAAUUACACUGUUCUUGAAUCUCCAGAAAAGCCUUCAGAAUAUCAGACCAGAGCCAGCAAAGCAAGCAACAGUAGAGAGGGAAGUGCAGAGAGAACGUCAAUGCAGUUGACUCCACAGAGAAAACUUAUCAAACCACCAAGCAGCCGAGGAAAUAAAGGUCAUUCUGUCCCUCCUGUGAAUGAUGCAGCUGGUUCCAAGUCCAGUGGUUCAAAGAUUCCUGGUCGUAACAAACCUUCUGCAUCCCCACUGAGACCAUCUAAAGGCUCAACCGCUGAACCAAGUAACAGCGGAAACUCAGGACUUACCAUUCAGGAGAAAUCCCCAUCUUCUCCUACAGUUAAAAUGUCCAAAUUCAUCAAGACACAAGGAACUUCUUCACAGAGUCCAAAGGUUGUUAACUCCAAGCUUCCCAGCAGGGCCGAAUGGAGCAAGGGCUCCUUAUCCAGUUCUCCCCAACUCUCAAGGAGGCACCUGGAGUAUGCUGACAAUACUGAGCAACCAACCAGAGACAAAUACUGUGACACCAGCAAAAAUAAACUCAGGUCUCCUUCUCCUCCUCCUCCCCCUGGCCGAACCACCUCCUUACUGAUCAGACCAAAUUACGAAGGGUCGCCUCAAGCACAUAAACCAGGGGUGGCUCAGCCAUCCAUACCAACUACUGUGAGGGGCCCUCCCCCAAGUUAUCACACCUCACUUGCACCAAAUAUGCAAUCCACGCUGCCCAUCAAGGACAAAGACUGUUUAGAUUUGGAUGCAGGCUAUGGAACUGCACUUGCACCUCAAAGGCUGGCAGACAAAGCCAGUCAGCACCUUCAGAAGUCCUCUGCCAUGACUCAGACUCCUACUAAAGGCACUUCCAAACGGACGAAAGACUACCUCCCUUCUGCAAUCUCAGGGUGUGCUCGAGAACCUGAAAAUGCACACAGAAGCUCAAAGAAUGUCCCUCCUCCCUAUAGUGCCCUCAGGGGGUCCUCAUUUCAGAACUCAUUUGCAAAUAAGAAAGGACCUGCUUAUGAAAAUCUCCACCCAUCAGUGCAGAAGACCUCAGUUAGUUUACCCUUGUCUCUUGAGGACACCCCUCAGUGUCAGACAGAGCCACACAAUGGUAAAGCUGUCAACAGCCCUCCCAGCUCAGCUGUUAUGUCACCUAAUCCAGUGGAGAAAACCUCAAAAACUCGCAUCCCAAUGGGGUUUAAAGCCUUUUUAAAAUCUCCUCCGAGCCAUAAAAGUAGCCCCAGUGUACCUGGCAAACAGGAGAAAGACCAUAUCAACUCUGUCUCUAAGGAGACUGUGACUUCAAAUGUUUCCACCCAGUGUGAUGGCUUGCAAGCAGCGUACAACACUGAUGCAUCACCCAAAAUGUCUGUUACAGAUGGGAAAGGUGAAGUGCAGAGUAGGCAGCAGGAAGAGGAUGUGCAUGGCCCUGAUCUGUUGGAGGAGGCGGAUGUUUGCGAAAAGGGGAAAAGGAACAGUCAACUUUUUGGUAGAUCCAUAUCUGUUACUACUAAACCUCAUCUAAAGCCAGCUUUGGGGAUGAACGGGGCGAAAGCUCGCAGCCAGAGUUUUAGCACCAGCUACAUUGAGAAGCCAAGUGUCAAUGUGUUAGAAGGACCGGGAAGAAUAAGAACUCAGAUCAUCACUAACUCAGGUGAAAGGGGGAACUCCCUGUCAAGGCAGAGCUCUUCAGAGGCACCCAGUGUUAUGUUAGCUGAGAGCCCUGUCCAUUCCCCUAGGAUGAGGCUUAGCCAUUAUGGAGGCAUGACAGGAUCAAAUGGUCACAGUGGCCUGAAAACUUCUAAAUCAGACUCCAAAGAAGAGGGAGGGAAAGAGGAGGGAGUCAGCUCACCUUCUCAAAAAGAAGUACGUAGCUUGUCCGUUACUGAAAGGACUGGUUUAAACAACAUACGUAAACCAGCAAAAGUAGCCUCUCAUCCACAGUUCAAGCCUCCGACCUCUUGUGGCUAUAACUCGGAAAAUGUUGUAAGAGAGACAGAAAGUGUAGCAACCACCCUUAAUGAGCCAGUCAAAACACAGAUGGACUCGCCAAUCAAACCCCCAGACAUAGAGGAGAAAAAACUCAGCCCGACAGUGUGCACCAUCGAAGAGAAAGUCAUGAUGGGAAUUGAAGAAAAUUUACAAAAAUGUCAAGAACAGGAGAAAGUAGCUGCCAGCGAGGCCAAACAGAGGACAGGCCCCUCUUUGGCAAACUGGUUCGGCCUACGUAAGAGCAAACUUCCAGCUCUAAGCGGCAAAAAGGGGGACUCUCCUAAGGGGAAAGAGGAGAAGAAAGAACUGAGGAUUGGAUCUGUCCUUGGAGGCAAACAGAUGAAGUCCGACAAGAAGAAGGAUAAGAAGAAAGAGAGUCAGGAGGUGCAGAAUCUGUCAGAAAUGAACAACAAACUGAGCUCCAUCAUGGACCACUGCAACAAUCAGAUGGGCCAGAUUGCCAAUCAGAUCCAGUGUACCACAGCGUUUAUUGGCAAAGAUCAGUUUGUUAAAGAGCUUCUUGGCAGGACCGCCGUGAAGGGCAACUCUGUGGCCGCAUCACCACCUGCAACCUCCACCCCCAAGAAGCAAAGCGAAAUAAAGGGGGAUGUGCAGAUCUGUGCCGAUACAGCUACCCUUAUAGUGACGCAGAAGAUCAACCUGAAGGCUGAAAAUGAGGACGGACACAUCGCAGACACAUCUUGUCAAGAACAUAUGAUAGGCUCUGGAUGUCAGAUGAGAACCCUGGACAGUGGCAUCGGCACCUUCCCCCUUCCCGAUUCUGUUACCCGGGCCAGCGGUCGCCACAUCCCUAAAUCUGAAUCCAGCCCUGGUGCGAUGACCGUCGGCUCCUCUGAGCUUGAUCGGGAGCCUCCCUCUGCUCACCCAAACCCCUUACAAUCCAAUGUGAAAGUGCCUUCCCUUCCAAAAACCUGCUUGCACGCCCCUAACAGCAGCAUGGGUCACUCCCUGUCUGAGCCUGCUGUGACCUGCAGCAGAAACGCCCAGGACACCCAGAGCCGACUGCCCAAAUUGGCAUCCUCAGAUGCAAUCAGGACAAAAAGGUUGAGUCUUUGUGGCCAACGCAGCAACUUCUCAAGCUCCACUGAGGACAAAGAGAAAGAAAUGGAGAGAAAAAUGAAAAACAAGGACCACGAUUUGCCUACUCAGGAGAAAGCUUUGCGAGCGUGCACAUACUCUGGCAGCAGCAGUGACACCGAGAUCGAACUCGAGGGAACCGGAAGCACUUUGACCUCGCCACAACGAACCCUUAUCAACAGAACCAAGAGGGCUGACUCUGUGGAGCAGAACGAAGACACCCUGAAGAGACGGAGCGUAGAGAAAUCCUUGUCAAUCAUGGACUACUACCAGCACGAUAUGUUCUCGCACCUGGAGAAGGAGAGCAGGCGGAUUUCCCAGUACAACUUGUUGCACAGAGAGUCAUCCCUCGAUGUCAAAGCAGGAGACAGGCUCAGCAAGGAGAUUCCCAUGGAGAAGAUGCCUGUAAGUCCCAGCCAACCAGCAUCUUUCGACAUCUCUUUGGAGUCUUUAAACAAGUUGAAUCACAGCGGCUCCAGCAGCUUGUAUCCGGACACCGGCUUGACCGGGCUCAGAGGUGAAGAAGCAGGGAAGAGUGGGAGCUAUUGCUGUAAGGUGGACGAGCCUACCUCCUCCUCCAGCUUCGUAAGCAGGCCCGGGACGGAUCCCGCGGGCUCUCUCAGUGACUCACUCUAUGACAGUUUCUCCUCCUGCACCAGUCAGGGCUCCAAUGACGUCUGAGGGGGCAAGGCUGUAGCGACAAUGUCUCGCUGAAUAUGAGUUUUUGAGGCCACUUCCUGUGUUAUUGACCAUUAUUGCCUUUUUUUUUUAACUGAUGCAUUAAUGGUUUGAAUGUUGAGGGGUAUAGUUAGCCUGUGAGGUGGAUUUUUUGGUAGAUUUCCAUCUCUCAUGGCCCUAAGACACCAUCUUUUCUGGUUAUUUUUGUGGAGAAACAUAAUUUUUUCAUACCAGUUCUGUCAGCCCACUCAUCAAGGUUGUUUCUUGCAUCUGGUUAUACUAAUGAGCUCAAUAUUUCUCAACUAAAAGAGCCCAAUUUAACAGAUAUAUUGGGAGAAACCUUUAGGGUUUUAAAGACUGUUUUUUUGCCAAACCAUUUAACUCUAGCCAAGAUUUUUGGUACUUAAACAUAAACAGUUUUAAACCAAAAGUGUGUAGGAGUCAAAGUGAUGAAGUGACUGUGGUGACCAAUUCCACCACCGCCUCUCCAACCUCCCAAUGUGUAGCAACAUUAUUUUAGGCUAAAUCUCUUGGGACAAUUUGCUAACGCAUUUAGAGAAACAUUUACUUGUAUGUAUCGGUGCUUUCUAAAAACAGGAAAUGAUGUUUAAAUUAGGCAACUGGGUUGGCUCUGAACUUGUUUUUUGGUCUCAAUCCCCUGUUUGGGUCAUCUCUUGACUUAGCUUGGCUAGUCCUGGAAAAUACUAACAGCCCUUAGUACAACACCCGGAACCCUUUACUUGCUACAUACAACACAGAGCACUUAUUAAAGCUGGAGAUGCGAGGAUGAAACUUAAAUCCAAACCAGGACUUUUAAUAGUAUGGCUCUGGGUGUAAUGGACCGAUCAGUAAUACAUUUGUUUCCUUGCAAUUCUUUGCUUAUCCUGCCCCUUCAUGCUGGGGUUCUUCUUAUCAUUGCACUGUAAAAAGAAAUACUGUACAAAGUUUGUAAGGAGUGUAAAGUGAAUGAUUAUUCAAACAGUGAUUAGCAGAGGUGACACUGAUGGGCAAAAACAGUAGACCGUUCGGAAACCUCAAUUUAAACCCAAAGUGUCAGCUCCUAAAUUGCUGCUAGGUAUAAUGCCUGUUGAAGGUGCCCAAAAGCUGCCCAUAUGGAAUCACAUUUAUUAACACCUGGUUCAUGUUUUUAUACUUACUUACUGAAGCAAUAUUGAAAGAAAUGUCUUUAAUUCUGGUUUAUUUUCCAUUAUUUUUAAGUUUGGUAAUGUGUGUUGAGCAGUUCAUGGUGAAUAAAAAAGAAAAUUAAGGAAAUCUUAGAACAAUAUGAAAAUGGUCAAGCUUCAGCUACACACGGGGACAUAAUGAUAAUUAAUUUUGCUGUGUGGUAUAUUAUCUAAAAGUUUGAUUUUUCUGAAAGUUAUACAUCACUUUGUGAAAUAUUAUUAAAUGAUAAAUUAUAUUUAUCUAUUUGUGUUGUUGGACACAACCACUUUUUUUAUUUUUGUGGACAUGGAAAUAAUAAAAAAAAGAAAAACUACAGGUGUUUCAAGUUUUAACAACUGGCACAUUUGUAUUAGGAAGCUGGAGGGGCGGUGGUGGAAUAACUUGGCGAGAGUUUUUCACCUUUUUCUUUCUUUUUUGUUUUCUUUUUUUUUUACAACUUGUUAGAAAAUUCAGUUUAAUUUUAAAGUUUUUCCAAGUCCCAAGAAAAAGUUGACAAGUUGUGUCCAACUACAUGAAUAAAAUCUUUUGUUUGUAACUAUUUCAUGAGAUCGGGUUGGGUUUUUUAGUGGUACAACAAACGACCUACUCUUUGUCUUGAAUGCUCUUGUUGUUGGUAGCUCAGGGAACAUACUGGACUCAUGAAGAUUGUAAGAAUUAAAGCGCAUCCAUCAGGACACAUUCAUUUUCACACUUAAUCUUUUUUUUUUUUUUUUUUUUUUUUUUUUUAGUUCCUGUUAAAAAGCCCCAGAAUCCAAACAGUCUUUUCAGUGUCAUGUAGCAUCGCAGCAAACCUGACCUCUCCAAACCUCACUUUUCCUCACAUUACUGUGUAUUAUGUUGUAUAUAAAAAUUCCUAUAAGUUAAUAUCAGAAUGGGCAUUGCUGAUCGAUAUAUGCAAAUAAGGAGAAAAAGAAAUAAAGAAAAGCUGGAAAUUGUUUGCCAAUCAUUCAACCAAGGUUUUAAGUCUACUGUUUAUAAAUAGCAUGUAUCUUAUGUAAUUCUGUAGGGGUUCAUUGUUUGAAUUUGAAAAAAAUAAAACUUUAUUUUGAUCAGUAAGAGCUUAAAUACUUUAUCACUUUAUUUUAAAGACAUAUUUGAACUUUAGGUGAAUUAUGCCAAAUUUCUAUCUGGAAUUUGACCAGCUGGUGCUAAUCAACAGAGCCGACUGUGUGUUUCAAUUUUUCUAUGAAACUGUUAAUAUUGUAUGGAAAAAGUGUGAAAAGGACUUGUGUAUUUUUUUAGAUGUCCAGUAUUUAUACCCACAUUUUGUACUGUCAGACUGUAGUGUGAUUGCCAUGCUCACCUCUUUCCUUAAAUGUUCCUUUGUAAAGAGAAACGGUUACCAGCAGUGUUACUUUGGUAAUUAAUAUUAUUGUUAUUAUUAUCAUUAUUAUUAUUACUGUGUGCAAUGUUGUCUGUUACACUAGACUUUAAUGCUAUAUUUUAUGUAACUAUUUCCUAAAUAAAUAUGAGAAAUUAUUUCCUACU